AUGUUUUUCACGCCCGUCCAGUGGCGGAAUGGCAGAUUACGCGUCCGAGCGUCCUUGGCUGGGCUCGGUAUCGGUGGAUAUCCUUUGGCCGCGUUGGGUAGCGAGGAUUGCUCGGACGGCGACUCGGACCGGUCUGCGGGAGACCCUGUGUGGGGCUCGGCGGCGCUGGAGGACGAGUGGCGCGCCGCGUCUCUCGCGAGGCAGGCGGUAGGCGACGCGGCGUACGCCGCGGCGCAUGCUGCUGGCGCUUCGCGGGCUGAGGCGUGCGACGCCGCCGUGAGGGCGGUGAGGUUGGACGAGGUUGAGGCUCAGUCCUCGUUCCUCGAUUGGGAGGGGGAGGAGCGGCCGGAGGAGUACGCCGGCCUCUUUGACGACCCGUAA